CGGGGUGGGGUGGUGGCCGUUACGUUCGGGGCAACGGCUGAGGCAGUGGAGAAGUGAGAAGAGAAACAACGUCCGGCGCUUCCGCCCUCGCCGAGGAGGAGGAGGAGGGACCGGUAGGGAGAGGAGGGCCGUUCGCCCCGGCCUGGACUAGACCUCGUCGGGCCGGCGGAGGUCCGGCUAUGCGCCUUUGAGGGUCGCUGCGGACGCCGCGCAGAGCCGAGAGCGAUGUCUCAGCCGCCGCCGCCGCCGCCGCUGCCGCCGCCGCCGCCGCCGCCGCCUCCCCCCGAGGCUCCGCAGACUUCGUCGUCGCUGGCGGCGGCGGCGGCGGCGGCUACUCCGGGGGGCCUUUCGAAGCGGAGGGACCGGAGGAUCCUUUCCGGGAGCUGCCCGGACCCCAAGUGCCAGGCGCGCCUGUUCUUCCCGGCCUCCGGCUCGGUCAGCAUCGAGUGCACCGAGUGCGGACAGCGGCACGAGCAGCAGCAGCUGCUGGGAGUGGAGGAGGUGACCGACCCGGACGUAGUGCUGCACAAUCUGCUGCGGAACGCGCUGCUCGGGGUGACGGGAGCACCCAAGAAGAACACGGAACUGGUCAAGGUGAUGGGCCUCUCCAACUACCACUGCAAAUUAUUGUCGCCCAUAUUGGCACGCUAUGGAAUGGACAAACAAACGGGCCGGGCCAAGCUGCUCCGGGACAUGAACCAGGGCGAACUGUUCGAUUGCGCGUUACUGGGUGACCGUGCCUUCCUCAUCGAGCCAGAGCACGUCAACACCGUGGGCUACGGCAAGGACCGCUCCGGAAGCCUCCUGUACUUGCACGACACUCUCGAGGAUAUCAAACGGGCCAAUAAAAGUCAGGAAUGCCUCAUUCCAGUGCAUGUGGAUGGGGAUGGACACUGCCUGGUGCAUGCUGUGUCUCGGGCUCUGGUGGGCCGAGAGCUCUUCUGGCAUGCCCUGAGGGAGAAUCUUAAGCAGCACUUUCAGCAGCACCUCGCCAGAUAUCAAGCCCUGUUUCAUGACUUCAUUGAUGCUGCCGAGUGGGAGGACAUUAUCAACGAGUGUGACCCUCUGUUUGUGCCACCUGAAGGUGUCCCCUUAGGCCUGAGAAACAUCCACAUAUUUGGCCUUGCCAAUGUGUUACAUCGCCCCAUAAUUCUCUUAGAUUCCCUCAGUGGCAUGAGAAGCUCUGGUGAUUAUUCAGCCACCUUUCUACCUGGGCUCAUACCUGCAGAGAAGUGCACUGGGAAAGAUGGUCAUUUGAACAAGCCAAUAUGUAUUGCAUGGAGUAGUUCUGGUAGAAACCAUUAUAUUCCCUUGGUAGGCAUAAAAGGGGCUGCCUUGCCCAAACUGCCCAUGAAUUUGCUUCCUAAAGCAUGGGGUGUGCCUCAGGAUCUUAUUAAGAAGUACAUCAAACUCGAGGAAGAUGGUGGUUGUGUUAUUGGAGGAGACAGAAGUUUGCAAGAUAAGUACUUACUCAGGCUGGUUGCUGCUAUGGAAGAAGUCUUUAUGGACAAACAUGGCAUCCAUCCUAGUUUGGUUGCUGAUGUCCAUCAGUAUUUCUACAGAAGGACUGGGGUGAUAGGAGUUCAGCCAGAGGAAGUUACAGCAGCUGCAAAAAAAGCAGUGAUGGACAAUCGCCUUCACAAGUGUUUGCUCUGUGGUGCCCUUUCUGAACUUCAUGUCCCUCCCGAGUGGUUGGCUUCAGGAGGGAAGCUGUAUAACCUGGCAAAAAGUACUCAUGGACAGCUGAGGCCUGACAAAAAUUACAGCUUUCCCUUAAACAAUUUGGUUUGUUCAUAUGAUGCAGGGAAAGAUGUCCUGACACCAGACUAUGGAUUGAGUAACCUAACAGCUUGUAAUUGGUGCCAUGGCACAUCUGUGCGGAGAGUCAGAGGAGAUGGCUCCAUUGUGUAUUUGGACGGAGACAGAACUAAUUCUAGGUCUUCUGGUGGCAAAUGUGGUUGUGGAUUCAAACACUUUUGGGAAGGUAAAGAAUAUGACAACCUCCCAGAAGCUUUUCCUAUCACUUUGGAAUGGGGAGGAAGAGUGGUCAGAGAAACAGUAUAUUGGUUCCAGUAUGAAAGUGAUCCAUCCUUGAAUAGUAACGUUUAUGAUGUUGCAAUGAAACUUGUUACCAAGCACUUUCCAGGUGAAUUUGGGAGUGAGAUCCUAGUUCAGAAAGUUGUCCACACUAUAUUGCAUCAGACUGCAAAAAAAAAUCCUGACGAUUACACUCCUGUAAAUAUAGAUGGUGCUCAUGCUCAGAGAGUUGGAGAUGUGCAAGGACAAGAAUUGGAGCCUCAGCUACCAACUAAAAUUAUUCUUACUGGACAGAAAGCAAAAACUUUGCACAAGGAAGAAUUAAACAUGAGUAAAACUGAAAGAACUAUACAACAGAACAUCACAGAGCAAGCUUCUGCAAUGCAGAAACGGAAAACAGAGAGAUUAAAACAAGAGCAGAAGGGGCCGCCCAGAACUGUUUCCCCAAGUACUGUUCGCGAUGGCCCAUCUUCUGCUCCUGCCACCCCCACCAAGGCUCCCUACUCACCUACAACUUCCAAGGAGAAGAAGAUUCGAAUAACAACUAAUGAUGGACGGCAGUCCAUGGUUACCCUCAAGUCUUCAACAACCUUUUUCGAACUUCAGGAAAGUAUAGCCAGAGAGUUCAACAUUCCUCCGUAUUUACAGUGUAUUCGAUACGGCUUUCCUCCUAAAGAGUUAAUGCCACCCCAGGCGGGAAUGGAAAAGGAGCCAGUUCCUUUACAGCAUGGUGACAGAAUUACAAUAGAGAUCUUAAAAGGCAAAGCAGAAGGUGGUCAGUCACACUCACACACGGCUUCAGCACACCCACACUCGGCAUACUCACACACGGCCCACACUGUGAAGCCAGAAGAUAUUGCUGUUACUGGCAAACUGUUGUCCAAGGAACUUCAGGAGCAAGCUGACAAAGAAAUGUACUCCCUGUGUCUUUUAGCAACAUUAAUGGGAGAAGACGUAUGGUCGUAUGCAAAGGGACUUCCUCACAUGUUCCAGCAUGGUGGUGUAUUCUACAAUAUUAUGAAGAAAACGAUGGGCAUGAUUGAUGGCAAACAUUGUACUUUUCCACAUCUACCUGGCAAAAUCUUUGUCUAUAAUGCUUCUGAAGAUAGACUGGAGUUGUGUGUCGAUGCUACAGGACAUUUCCCCAUUGGUCCUGAUGUUGAAGAUUUAGUUAAAGAGGUUGUAAGUCAGGUUCGAGCAGAGGCUACUACAAGAAGUAGGGAAUCAAGCCCCUCCCAUGGGUUAUUAAAACUAGGUAGUGGUGGAGUAGUGAAAAAGAAAUCUGAGCAACUUCACAAUGUAACUGCCUUUCAGGGAAAGGGGCAUUCUCUAGGAACUGCAUCCAGUAACCCUCACGUUGAUCCCAGAGCCAGGGAAACUCUGGCUGUAAGAAAGCAUAACACAGGGACAGAUUUUAGUAAUAGUUGCAUUAAAACAGAGCCUCCUGUGUUCACAGCUGCUCCUAGUAACAGUGAGCUCAUUCGAAUAGCUCCUGGAGUAGUAACAAUGAGAGACGGCAGGCAGCUUGAUCCGGAUGUGGUUGAGGCCCAGCGAAAAAAAUUGCAGGAAAUGGUUUCUUCUAUUCAGGCUUCAAUGGACAAACACUUGCGGGAUCAAAGUACAGAGCAGACACCAUCUGAUCUUUCUCAAAGAAAAGGAGAAGUUGUGAGUUCUCCUGUGAGGCACGGGAGUCUUCAGACUGGCUUGCCUGAAUCUUUUUCUUUAACUGAUGGCACUGAGAGUCCGAGUACUGAAGCAACUGAUAGUUGUGUGGCAGACACCCUGGGAGCAGCAUUUGCCACAAAGUCAAAAGCACAAAACGAAAAUUCCAUGGAGGAACCUGAAGAGAUGGAUAGUCAAGAUGCUGAGACGACUAACACAGCUGAGCCAAUGGAUCACUCUUGAUUGAAUUAGAGGCUAAUAAAGGCAGAGUGUUUAUUGUGAAUAUGUAAUAUUUGUUGGCUGGGCCACAUAAUUUGAGUAGUCAUUAAAAAUCUUGUACGUAUAUAAUUCAAAGAUUAUAUCUUGUUAUUCAGUGCAUGAUAGCAAGUGUGUGAUUGGCAAUAGCUUUUAAUAUACUGCUGCCCAGGCUGGCUCUGAAUUCUUGUAAAUUAGUUUAGAUCUAUUGAAAGAGUUUCUUCCAUAUAUGGUGGUUCAUUGGAAGUUCUUUGUCAUUUUAAUUCCACGAAAGUCUUAAUUUUCAGACAUGAAAAUUCUCUUGCUAAAUGUUUCAUUUCUGCAGAGACCAGAAUUGAAGAGAGAGUGAGAGUUUGCACAUAUUGUCAUCAAGGUAGCCAUCCUACAUGUCAUGAGAAUGUCGAUUUCAAGUUUACCUGAACUAAAUGUAUCUUAAAAUGCAUAAAACACUUUUAGACUACUUAAAAGUUAUAACAUUAUAGAAACAACUAUUGUUGGCAAAAAAUAUCUUGACAGUAGAGUGUAAUGACACAACGUUUUCCUGAUUUGAGUUAAGUUGGGAAGAAUGAUCUAUCCUAGUAUGAUAAAGGCAGCAUAAUUCAGUUAGUUGGUCUGAGCCAAUAUGGCCAGUUGUGUGCUCUUGUUGAUAAUAUGUUGCCAUUAUUUUUUUAAUCUUGGCCUUGUCAAGUUCCACCUGUUGUUUUUUAAAUCUUGCAUAAAAGAGAAUUACAAUUUGUUUUAGAAAAUUUAAAAAUAAUGGUAGCAGUAGUUAAUUUGUAACUUUCAGAGUAUGUCAGAGUCACAGAGAAUUUAUCUUUAUGAAUGGGUUACAUUGUUCUACAGUUUUGACACAGUGGUGUUUAAGCCUGUAUAUGCUAAAUGUCUCUGGGCCCCUUUGAACCAAAAAUGUUUCCUUUUUUUCUUAGAUUUUCUGUAAGAUUUUCUUUUUGUUGGCUUCUCUUGAGUUUGGAUGCACAGUUUACUGCCACAUACCGUGAGCAACUGAGCAUUUGCUUAAACAUUGCAUCAUUAACUCUUCAGUGCCAGUUCCCUCGAACAGCUUUCAUGCAUAUUCUUUAAAAGCAGAGUGUAUACUCCUGAGAUUGGUACUGCACUAUUGUACUCUGUUCUGCAGAUCUGUAUUUGUAAAUGUAUUUCAGUCCGUCAUCUUCCCUUGUUUACUGAAAUUAAGUUUAAUUUGAAUGAAUGAAAGACAAAUGUAUGUUAAUAUAAUCUCUUAGAGCAUUCAAAGCCUGGCUGUCUCUGUUUGCACAUGUAACAGAUGCAGAACUGUUUGCAAUUCUACAAAACUAUAUGUCAGAAAAUACAUUAUCAGGUGUUUAAAAAAAUCUCUACCUGUUCAUUGGAAAGGGAUAUAAGAUGUACUUUAACUUUUUCUAGCUAAGGGAGGUUUUGGUCUUUUUCUGUGACAGUAUCUUUAACAGAAUCCAAAUACUAAUUACCCCACUAUGUUGAAAAAGAAAGGAACGGAGAAUCUAAACGUUUACAAAUGUAGCUGAGGUUAAGAUAAUGUACAAAACACUAACACACACACACACACACACACACACACACACACACACUCCUCUGGAUUAGUGUUUAUCAUAUCACAUGCUUUGCAAUAUUUUAUCUCCAUUCGUCCUUUUCUAAAUAUACUUUCACACACUUUAUAUCAAAGUACCAGGGAAAUUUACAACUUUUAUAUUGUAUACUAGUUUUGCAUGAAGUAAAAGAGAGCUACCAAAUUCUUAACAAUUAGCUGUGCUUUAAAUACCCCCCCCCCCCAUCAAUUCACUCACCACUAUCAUUAUUUUGGCUUAUUAAGCCACUGAAAUAUUCUUUAAAAUUUUUUUUCCUGGCUUAAGUACAAGAAAACUAUUCAAUAAACAGAAAGUGUACUGCUUUAAAUAAAUUAUAUAAUCACUCUGCUUUAACAGAUGCUCUUCUGUGGCUUGGUAUGUUUAGUUAAUAACUGGCAGGAUAUCAAAGCAUUAGAACAUCAGAAACAAAUUUUGUUUUUUCUGGACAUGGUCUUACUAUGUUGCCCUGGCUGGCCUGGAGCUCACUAUGUAGGUCAGGCUGGCCUUAAAUUCACAGAGAUCUGCCUACCUCUGCCUCCCAAGUUCUGGGACUAAAGGCAUAGACUUACCAUGCCUGGCUAGAAACAAAUUUUAUCUCCCUAUUGAAUACUUGAAUUUAGUGUAAAUUAUGCACAUGUGAACAUUAGAAGAUGGGCUUAAUCUCUGACAAUACUUCAUUGUCUCUAGUGACAGUAGUGGUAUUUAGGGUUAGAAACUUAACUGGGUAUAAAUAACAGUUUGGGUUCUCCCUUGAUAAAAAAUAACAAACAAAAAACAGGCUUGAGAAUUCAUCAGAAUUCUUGAACAUAUUUUAAAUCAGAUGAAAUUUGAAUUAGUGGUUUUGGCUAAGUUUUGAGAGGGUUUGUUUUAAACGUCAUCCUUGUAUUUAUGUAAGUGUAGAUGAUUUUUUACCAUUUUGAUACCACUGUACUGCAUCAGCGGAGCACAACAGCUUGUGAUAGCAAGUAAAGUGUUUCUUAGCCCUAGAUGUGGCAUUGUAACUGUAAUUCAAACCAGUUCAGUUAUAUUUUUGGUGUUUCUCUGAACACUGAAGUAAUAUUGUAAAUAUUUCUCUACAGUAACCCACUACGUAAUCAUACCAAGUUUGAGUUGAUGGCCCAAAGUCCAGGCAGUUAAAGGUGGUGUGUGUCCAGAAAGCUGGUAAUGAACGAUGGUUCAAUGAAAGGAAAUAAGACACUGCCAAGUAUUAUGACUAGUAUUCAAUUAGCUCCAAGGGAAUGGUUACUCAGGAACUAAAGAACAAGCUUAGAUAGCCCAUUCCUUUCCCAUCCCUUAAACUAUGUUUCAGGUGUUUAUUGGAAAUUAUUAGGAAAGAGGCCUGAGAAAUUUAGCAAAUGCUAAUAUUUGAAAUUUGCUUUAUACUUUCCUGUGGUUUUUAAUUUGGUUUUUUACAAUUAAGCUUUACUACUAGCAGUUGAGAUUGUGUUGUGGAAUGUACCUGUGAGACUAGCCACAGGUCAUACAAGUCUUUUGUUUUGUUUUGUUUUUUGAGACAUGUUUUUUCUGUGUAGCCUUGGCUAUCCUGGAACUCACUCUGUAGACCAGGCUGGCCUUGAACUCAGAGAUCCACCUGCCUCUGCCUCUCAUGUGCUAGGAUUAAAGGCAUGUGCCCCCACCACCUGGCUACAGGUUUUUUUGUUUUUGUUUUUCAACACAGGGUUUCUCUGUAUAGCCCUGGCUGUCCUGGAACUUGCUCUUAACAGGUUUUUAUUGCCAUUAUUUUAAGGAUCAUCUUCAUUGGAUAUUAAUGGUGUCUUACAUAGGGUCUCUUACCUCAGGGAAGAUCGUUUACUAGCAACUCCUAUUAUUGACCAGUUUUGGAGAAUUACUUUGACACAUCACAUGUUAACUACCAAAUGCAAAAAGUAUUGUUUUAUGUAGUUACCUGCUGUCUGCUACUGAACAUUUCUCUAGAUAUUUAGGACCUUACUAAUAAGUAACAUUUAGAUUUAAAAAUAAACAUCUAAGUUCUGUCACUAGUUAUACUCAUCUAGUCACUAUAGUGAUAGUAUAAUUUUUUAUUUUAGAACAUUAAUAAAGUUUUGUCCUCAUUUUUCAACAAUCAUUUUAAUUGGCCCAAACUUAAAAUGCUCAAGUGCAAAUCUUGUGCUUUUUUUUUUUUCAUAGAUCUAAAAGCAAGGUCUCCACCUUAAGAUUCUUAUAAAAGCAGAGCCCUUGCAACAUUGGUUUUAAUUCCACUCAUUUUAAUGUAGACUUAAAGUUACCUUUUAUAACAGAAAUAGAUGCGUAUUCUAGGUUGGCUAGAUGUUCUACUUUCCAAGACUAUGUCAUUUAACAACAUUGUAAAACACAGAGGCUUUUCACAAUUUGAUUAUUUCUUCAAACAAGAACAACUCAUGAAAAGAGGCCAUAGUAGCAAAAUCUGUAUUUAAAGAAUAAAAUAACGAAGGGGAGACAGAUCACUAAUGUCACAGAGUUAAUUGCAAGUUCUGCCAUUCUUUGAGAUGCCAAGUGUUUCAGUUCAUAUUUAAUGAUACUCAAAUCGUGGAAAUUUUAACGUUUGUUCCAAAAUAGCAGAAACUGUAAAAAAAAAUUGUGAAUUAUUGGAUAAAAUGCCAUUACUUGUAUAUCUGACAUUUAAAGUUUUUAAUUAUGGAGUUGACAUGUUUUUGUAGUAUAAUACAAUGACUAUUCUCUUGUAAAAGAAAAGGAAAAACUAGUAAAGAAAAGAAAAAGUUUUAGUUGAUGUUAUUUGCUUGUAUCAAUGACUAGUAUUUAAAAUUUAAGCUGUUGCAUACUUUUCUUUAGAAUGCAGAAAUCCCUCCGGGAGCCUUUAUGCCUGUCGUAGAGCAAUAAAGGACUGGAAAGCUGGUCAGUAUUUUCAGGUUUGUUUGACUUCAAGCACUAGUGCUAAAAAUUGCAGUCUCCUUUUUGGAGGGAAAUGCUACUUAGACUAAAACCAAGCAUUAAUGUUGUAAAUAUUUAGACAAAAAGCUAGCAAGUACUUAAACUUGGCAGUGAAGUGUUGUAGAUGCUAUAUCAUCCAUAAGGCACUAGCUUGGACAUCACUUCUGAUUUCAUGAUUGUAUAUAUUACAAUUGAGAAUGACUAAUUGGUAACAGUAUAGUGUUCUUGAGCACACCUCACUGUACAGUAUUUGAAGUUUUGUAUUAAUAAUAAAACUAAGUUAAUAUAUUA